AUAUAGUGCACUCCGUUCUGCACGCGCGGCGCCACGGCGAGCGAGCCAACGAUGCCCCUCCACGCCGCCGCCACGCAGCACGCGGCCUUGCCGGCUCCAAAUGCUGCUCCGAAGAAGAGCAUCAGCAGCAGCGUUCUUCCUGUUGGAGCCAAAUGCGACACCAGGAGGGCGUUUCUGCAGGGCGUGAUGAUCGCUGCCGCCGGUGCUGGCACGCUGCUGGGUGCGGUCGACGCCGCGCCGGCGGCUUCCAAGAGGCGGGCUCCGCCACCGGCGGAGGAGAAGGAGAAGAAAGACCCCAACCUCAGCGGCGUGCAGGCCAAAGUUCUUGCCAGCAGGAAGAGGAAGGAGGCCAUGAAGGAAGCAAUGGCCAAGAUGAGGGAGAAAGGGAAGAAGCCUGCUGCCACUGUAACUGAAAAGGAGAAAUCAGUAGGGGCUGUUGUAGAGUGAGCGUGUAUGUGUGCCGCUUAAUUAAUCACAAGUGACUCAUUUCUUCGUGUUUUUUUCCAGCGAUUACAAAGAUGGUGUACACGUGAA